AUGUGGUAUAUCUAUCCUGCAUUGACGAAAGAUUGGGCUCUUUUAUGGAUAACCCAGUUGAAGAAAGUUCUCGUCAUUUGUUCCCGCUAUAUAAAAAAACUCAAGAGUAGAAAUGUAUAUGGUUUGAAUGAAUUUAUUUACGGAGAUAUAUCUGUUAGAACUGAUGAGCUUUGCCCCAACUUCUGGAAGCGACACAAAACUUAUCAGUAUUUACUUAGGCAUGGGGAAAAGUGGAAGCCUGGGUUGAGUCUGUUAUGCAAGAACGUUCUUCUUCAUUUGGAAAUGAACGAGUUUUAUUCUUCAUUAAGGGAACUCGCAAUGAGUGGUCUUUGUCGCAAUGAUCCAGCUCUUCGCUCCACGCAACUUGCAGCAAUCUUAACAUUAUCCUUGAGAGUUUCUGAAGGGUCCGGAUUUAAUGAAAAAUCGAUGAAAUUAUUUCAAGUUAAUAUAAUGUCAAUUCCCGGACAAUUUCUUCAUUUCACAAACAUUUCACCACAGCGCCAGCAACUGGAGCACACUGGAGUAACAGGACUCCGAAAAGACCACGGCGAAAACCUCCAUACAUCACAUCAUGAUCACCAAUCACUAAUCAUCUUCAUUCCGUCAUAUUUUUGUUUUCUCUUACUCAUAGGUCUCAGUUUCAACGAGGAGUUUCUUCUACGACUAUUAAAGUUCUUGCAAGAAUUAGGCCGCGAUGGUGGACUGAGUUUGAUACUGAGUUUUGUUUCUUCGGAAUCUUCACAAAUGUUGACCUCCAUUCAAUCUUUGCUUAUUUUGUUUUGUGAUUGCUGUGGUCAUCUCAUUCCCAUUGUGGAUGACUAUGAAAUGUACGAGAAACAAAAGCCAUUCAGUUUGGAAGAUCUGACUGCUUUAUCAGGGUUUUUAAACACGCUGACUUAUAAACUACUGUGGAACAGACCCCGCGGAAAGAAAAAUUCUGAUGUGGUCAAUCAACUGGACAACACGGACCGUCUGCUGUCUUUGGUUUAUUCACUUCUGAUGUUAAUUUAUGACAGGGAUUCUCGUAGACGCUUCACGCCAAAGAAUCACUGGUUAAUCAAAGAACUGAAAAUUGGUUCCUUCAAAUCUGAGUUAACAGCAGGAAAGCCAAGAGCAAGUGAAGUUUUACAAAUGAUUCCUCACGUCGUACCCCAUAGAGAUGGUUUAGAUGAAGCUGGUAUAGAUCAAGACGGAGUGUUUAAGGAAUUUCUUGAGGAAGCAAUCAAGCAAGCUUUUAAUCCACAGCUCAAUUUGUUUAAGCUCACUCAAGAUCAACGACUUUAUCCAUCGCCAACAUCUUGCAUCCACGACAACCACCUUGCUUUGUUCGAGUUUGUCGGGAAAAUGUUGGGAAAAGCGGUCUAUGAGGUAGGUAUCGUCGUUGAUGUUCCCUUCGCCCCAUUCUUCCUCAGUCUGCUCUUGUCACGUCAGCACGGUGCUUUGUACAGUUCCAUCGACGAGCUUCCUUCGCUGGACCCUAAUCUGUAUAAGAAUCUGAACUAUGUCAAGAAUUACGACGGUGAUUUGACUGAUUUGGGGCUUACAUUUUCAUUUGAUGAAGAAUUUUUAGGAAAGAUCAUAACGCACGAUUUGAAGCCAGGUGGACGAACUAUGGACGUUACUGAUAAAAAUAAAAUAAGCUAUAUCCUGAUGGCCCACUACAAGAUGUGCGUCCAGUUAAGAGAUCAGAGCAGAGCGUUCUUUCAUGGCUUUCGAGAGUUCAUCCAACACAAUUGGCUCGGAAUGUUCUCGGGUCCCGAGUUGCAAAAACUGAUCUCUGGCGAUAGCACUACACUGGAUGUCUCUGAUUUACGAGCGAACACGACUUACUAUGGUGGCUACCACAACAAACAUCGUGUGAUAAAUUGGCUCUGGGAGAUCGUCGAAAAAGACUUCAACGAUUCCGAAAAGUCCGCAUUUUUGAAGUAUCUUUUGAUAUCCGCUUCUAAAGAUACCCAGUUUUACUAA